AUGGAUGUGAUAGCAUGUCAGCAACACUACUACCAGCAUGUCCAGUUCAAAUGCCAUUCAUGUCAUGGCCUCAUCAUGAAUGAUGCCUUUUGCGUCAUUGACGACUAUAAAUACCACAAACAAUGCCUGAGAUGCCCUGGUUGUACCAUCAGCAGCAGCAGCAACAUGUCACACCACCCAUCACAACAACUCUAUCGUUACAAUGACCGGCCUUAUUGCCGGUACCAUUAUUCACUGAUUAAAGGAACAGAGUGCAUGGGCUGUGGACAAACAGUAUUCGAGCAGAAUGAGACCUUGGAGAAUUGGCACACAGAGUGUUACAUGCUGAAAAAGUACUAUCAUGUGGAGCUAGUGGAUCUGCAGAUGCCGUACGACUACACAAGCAGACAACAGCUGGAACACACCCAGGACAGCUUUGAGAACCUGCGCUACAAGAUUUGGCAUAUCGCCAGCCAGUUUGAAGAUGAAGCCACCCGUAUGAUAUCAGAUCUCGCCAUGGCUCGCCACCCGGAUCAGCUACUGAACACAUGUCAAUCCCUGUUUGCUCAAAUCAGCAUCCUCUUUACUGUUCUGGAUCUACUGUUUGUUCAUGUUACGCAUGUCUCGUAUAUCAAGCAGGUUCAAUCCUUGACUCAGCACUUGGUCUUUCUCCUGGACGCUACCUGUCCACAGCAGCAGCAUUCAUCCAAUGAAGCCACUGAAAACAAAGCCCAUAUUACCGCCAAGAUUGCAACACAUAUUCGACACCUUGUGAGACUGGGAUUACAGCAGGCCAUGAUAUUGGAACGGAAUUUCCGAUUAGACAUCAUUGAUGACAUGCUAGCAUUGUUUAUUGAUAAGCAGUGUUUGAAAUCACUAAAUCUAGCCUGUUUAGAUCAUCACCUACAGCUGCUGGAUAUGGCCAUUGCUCGACUCUUGUUGUUCUUGGAUUCAGGUAAAAGACCUGAUGAAACUCUGCUAUAUAAACCCACGAUAAAUCAACAUCAACAUGCACCUGCUCUUUCACAUCAACACACUCACAAAAUGGUCAAUGACACUUUGUCCAAAUCAAACAGCAUCUCUGCCAACACACGCACCCUCAGCCGCAUGCAGACCUUUAAGCGAGCACUGACCACGACUUCCCGCAGAAAAAACUCAUCUGCCAGCAGCAGCAACACCAGCACCAGCACCACGGCAGCCACUGCUAAACCACUGUACAUUUCACUGCCUGAUGUGGAGCAGCUACAUCAAUACCAUGCUACGCCGCCCUUGUCGCCGCCCACGACACAUGCCACUGGAACAACAACAACACUCGAUGCUGUAGUUACCUUGCCUGAAUUAACGCUCAAGCAAGACUGCAUCAUUCGUCACAUUGCUCUUUUACAUGUAGAGUCACAUGUGGACGACUCUGUUCUGAUGGAUGACCUGUUGAAUGGAUUGAGCAAAAAACCAGCAUCAUCAUCAUCACCAGCAGCCUCAUUAUGGGGUAAAUUAAAGACACACAUUUUAACACCUACCAUGGAGUAUCCAUCUCAGCAGCAACAGCAGCCACAAGAACAACUACCAUCACCUACGAUGACUACCGAAAAGAAGAUUGGGGUGUCAUUGUGCAAUCUCAGUCAUGGAUCGCUUAAAUCACAAGCAUCCUCUUCCUCUUGUUCAUCUGACUCGUAUGAGAGGUGGAAGACCAAGUGCCCCUUGAUUGACGCUUGCUUUUCGCCGCAAUCGCUGGUGCCUGAUUUCUUGAAAGACUGCAUACUAGCGUUGAUCAGCCAGGACAUCACCACAGAGGGCAUUUUUCGAAAGAGCGGCAACAUUCGUGGCCUCAAGGACAUGUGUGAAGCACUGGACUCUCAACCAAAUCGACACAAGUGGCUCGAUUUCUUUCAGGCACAAUCCAAUGUUCAGCUGGCUGCAUUCAUUAAACGAUUUCUGAGGGAACUCCCUGAACCACUGCUCACCUGGAAAUUGCACAGAUUGUUCAUCAUGUCAAGCAAGGCAACAACGCUGAUAGGCGCACUCAGUAUCAUGCACUAUGCCAUUUGCAUCCUGCCUAAACCCAAUAGGGACAUUUUACUGACUGUCUUGGCUCUGUUGCACUGGGUAGCUCAGCACUCUGCUGAAAACAAGAUGGACUAUGAGAAUCUGGCGCGUGUCAUGGCACCCAACAUACUGUAUACCAACCAACAAAAGGAAAAGAAGCAGCAAUCGUACGAUUUAAAGGACAUUUCGACUUGCCAUGGCGAGAUUUGGGUGAUAUCCACCAUGAUCCAGCACUAUGAAAAGUUCUUCCAGAUUCCCAGCGACUUUGCUGCCCUGUUGGAGCAUCCGAGAAUGAUGGACUAUACCUGCACCAACUCAGUCGACCUCACAAGCACCAGGCAUUUUGUCAAAUCCUAUCAGCAUCUACUCAAAAUCAAAAAAGACGCCAUUUCCACCACACUGGUGCUACCGCCCUCUCCCUCCCAUUCAUCCAGUAAAUAA